UCUAGGAGCUUCAAUGAUGCUUGCGGCAUUAGCAACAGAGGCUGGUUUGCCAGAUGGUGUCUUGAAUGUUGUUCAUGGCACAAAUAAACUCUCAUUUGUUUGAAUGAGUGAGUUCUUCAGUUGUGUGCUUCUAUUAGAAACAAAACUUGGAGGAAUUUGGACCUUUCUGAUAUCGUCAAUUAUAUUUGUGAUGAUGAUGAUAUAAAGGCUUUAUCAUUUGUUGGAUCAAGCACAUUUGGCACACAAUUAUAUGGCAGAGCAGCUUCUAGGGGGAAACGUGUACAGUCCCAUGUAGGAGGCAAAAAUUAUGCAGUCAUCAUGCCUGAUGCAAGCAUAGACGCUACUUUGAAUGCUUUGGUUGCUUCUGGCUUUGGUGCUUCAGGACAGAGAUGUAUGGCUCUCACUACAGCUAUUUUUGUUGGAGGAUCGAUGCAAUGGGAAGAUGAACUUGUGGAGCUUGCCAAAACAGUUAGAGUGAAUACUGGAACAGAUCCAACUGCCGACCUCGGUCCAGUUAUUAGCAAAGAGGUAAAGGAUCGUAUAAGCAGAUUAGUUCAGAGUGCUGUUGACAGUGGCGCUAGACUUCUUCUUGAUGGGAGAAAUAUUGUGGUUCCAGGAUAUGAGAAUGGAAAUUUUGUUGGUCCAACUAUCUUACAUGAUGUUACACCCAACAUGGAGUGUUACAAGGAAGAAAUAUUUGGACCGGUUCUACUUUGUAUGCAGGUCGAAACUCUAGAAGAUGCCAUACUCAUAGUAAACAGAAACAGGUUUGUGAAUGGAACAUCCAUAUUCACAGCGUCCGGCUUUGCUGCAAGGAAAUUCCAGAAUGAAAUUGAAGCUGGGUUGGUUGGGAUCAAUGUUCCUGUUCCAUUUCCAUUGCCUUUCUCCUCUAAUGAACAAAAAGAAUCUUUUGCCAGUGACUUUAAUUUUUCUGGAAAGGCAGGCGUUCAGUUUUACACCCAGAUCAAAAUGGUGGCUCAACAGUGGAGGGAUUUCCCAAGAAUAGGGGUGCAACUAACUAUGCCUCCGUUAUCUGAUACAGAUAUAAGAAGCCAAGGUUUUUCAUCAGUGUUGCGUCCAUCAUCUGAGAGAGACUCACCUAGCCAAAGAGUGUCACCAUCCAUGUCCACAUCAUCAGACAGAGAUUCACCAACCCAAGAAAUGUUGCUGCCCAUCCCUCUGGCAACAGAGAGGGAUUUAUCUGACCCUGGAGUAUCAUCUCUAUCUCCUGCGGCUAAUGGGGAUAUGUCAAGCCGGGGAGCAUCCGUGCUCAUGUCUCCAGCUGAUAUGGAAUUGGCAAAUCGGGGGACAUCACUGGCUGUGCCUCCAGCAACAGAGAGGGAUUUGUCAAGCAAAAGAGUGUCACUGUCUACGCCACAAACGUCUGAGAGGAUUUAUAUGCCCAAAAUAUCUCACUGGAAUGAAUCUCCAGCUCUAACAUCAAACAGGUCAGAUGCUGUUCCUCCACCUUCUGAGAGAAUAUAUAUGCCUACAUCUCAGAGAAACGGCAACACAGCAUCAACUUCUUGUGAUGGGGCAUACGUCCUUACAUCUCAUAAGAAUGACAAUAUAGGUCCAUUAGCAUGCAGGAAUAACAGUAUGGCUCCAACUUCUCAUCAGACUGAUGUGACCUUAAAUCAAACUUCGGAGAGGAUAUACAUGCUUUCAAAUUCUCACUUGAACGACAAUAUGGGUCAAUCAUUUCAAAGAUCUGAUACCACCAUGUUUCCUGCUACUGAGAGGAUAUACAUUCCUUGCACGUCCCACAGGAAUGACCAUAUAGGUUCUACGUCCCUGAGGGCUGAUAUAAAUUUACAUUCGAAUACAGAGAGGUUAUACAUGUCUGGACCGACUCCAAGGAAUGACAUGGUGCCAGCUUCUCAACAAGCUGACAUCAUGUCUCCUACUUCCGAGAGGAUGUAUAUACCUUCACUUGUUCAGAGAAACACGGGUAUGCCACCAACAUCUGAGAGGUUAUAUAUGCCUGCAAGUGCACCAUCGACAUCACAGAGGAUGUAUACUCAAAACCCAAUACUUUCAAUGGAUGAUUUUCCCAGCCAAGGAUCGUCGAUGACUUUGCCUACAUCGCAGAGGAUAUAAGAUAAGAGCCAAUGCUUUAUUUGUUUUUCAGUUUAGACUCUUUGUAGAUAAAGAAAAUAAUCUCAAUGCCAAAUAUAUAUGUAACUUU